CAUUUCUUUCAAAUCAAAAUUAUAAACUAUUCAAUUUGUCAGAACUUAUAUUCUUUGGAUAUAAGAUUCAAACUUGUCUCAUUUUGCUGAUUCUAGACUUUCAAUUUUUUUUUUCUUCAAAGUUUCAGGGUUUCUUAUGAAUUAAAGAGAUAAGCUGACAUUGCCUUAUGCCUAAUUUCAAGUGGAGAAAAUAAAUUAUCUGAUCUAGAAGCAGUUGAAAAUUUUUAUGGCUGUUCUCAGAUUUUAAUACAUUCCUUUAUUUGGUUUCAAAUAUUUGAGGAUGGAGAUGUCUAUGCAGCAAGAAAAUUCUGAUAUCAAGAGUAUAUCAGGGGAGAGGAGAUUUGAAAAUUCUGGCGUUCGGCCGGGAGGGUCAGGAUCUUGCCUCUAUGAUCUCUUCUGCUGUGAAACACCAAGUUUGAAUAGUCAAAGUCAAAGGGAGCAAUGGAUGUUAUAUGGUCCACAGGAAAGGUUAGAUAAUUUGAUGCGUCAAGCUGGGAACAAGUUCUGCGCUGACUGUGGAUCAUCGGACCCAAAAUGGGUGUCUUCAAGUCUUGGAGUAUUUAUUUGCAUAAAGUGCUCUGGUAUACACAGAAGCCUAGGAGUACAUAUAUCUAAGGUUCUGUCACUGAAUCUAGAUGAUUGGACCGAUGAACAAGUUGAUGCAUUGGUCAAUUUGGGUGGAAAUACGGUAAUCAAUAAAAAGUAUGAAGCUUGCCUUCCAAGUUACAUAAAAAAACCAAAACCAACUUCUUCCAUUGAGGAGCGCUCUGAUUUUAUUAGGAGAAAAUAUGAGCUGCAACAGUUUGUGGAUUCUGAGGAGAAUUUGACUUGUCCCUUUAUACCAUCCCAUGCAAGAAGUUCUUCAUCCAGUCAUAGUAGUUCCUCAUACAACAAUCCUCCACAAGACAAAAAACGUUAUGAUAAACAAACAACUAAAAAUCGAAUUGGGCUAUCCUUUCGAAACAGUUGGGGAAGAAAAGAAUCUGAGAGUAAGAGUACAAAGAAGAGUAACUCAUUGGCAGGUAUGGUUGAAUUUAUUGGAUUGAUUAAGGUUAAUGUUGUUAAAGGAACUAACCUCGCUAUCCGAGACUUAAUGACUAGUGACCCUUAUGUCAUUCUUUCUCUUGGUCACCAAUCGGUGAAGACACGUGUCAUAAAGAGCAAUUUAAAUCCAGUUUGGAAUGAAAGCUUAAUGUUGUCAAUUCCUGAGAGCAUCCCUCCUCUUAAAGUGAUUGUAUAUGACAAGGAUUCAUUCAAAACGGAUGAUUUUAUGGGUGAGGCUGAAAUUGACAUUCAACCUCUAGUAUCAGCAGCAAAGGCAUAUGAGAAAUCAUCAAUCAAUGAGUCCAUGCAGCUUGGAAAAUGGGUAGCAAGUGGUGACAACACACUUGUGAAAGAUGGAAUCAUCUCCCUUGAAGAAGGGAAAGUGAGGCAAGAAAUCUCAUUGAGACUACAAAAUGUUGAGAGAGGUGUCCUUGAAAUUGAGCUUGAAUGUGUUCCUCUUACUCAAUAGCUUUGCAAAAUAUACAUUUUGGAGUAUUUAUCAGUGUAGAUUGUCUUGUCUCAGUUUUCCUUUGUACAUUAUUUAUGUGAGACUCUGACAAUCCUUAUGUAGAUGAAAAAGAAGUAUAAAUUAUCAGUAAGUGUUUUUUGGAAGAGAGCUUAUUGAUAAAUUUCAACUUUUUUGCUCUUUUGAAGCUCAUGCUCAAGUUGAUAUAUGGUUGUUCAAAAGAAUAAAGAUACAAAAAAUAUAAAUGAACAUAGAUUUGUUCAAGGAGUUCGACAAAUUGUACCUA